ACCCCACUAUUCCUUGUCCCAAUUUGCUUAGCAACAUUUCACCUUCCUCCUCCUCCUCCACACGUUCAAUCCCCUCCCCUUGCAACAAAAUCUUCCUAACGUCAACAAUGGAGGCAUUCAGGAUGAGACUAUUUUUGGCCGUGGUGGUCGUGUUGAUGGCCGUGUCCGCGGUCCAAAACGUUGCGGCAGCUGAUGCCCCGGCCCCUAGCCCUACCUCAGACGCUACCACUUUCGUGCCCACCGUGUUUGCUUCCCUCGUUGCUCUUGCAUUUGGAGUUCUGUUCUAAAAUGGUGGUGUUGCUGAGUUACAAAAUUUAAUUUCUGAUCUUCAAAAUUGGGGUUUAUAUAAGUUCUCUUCUUCGAUUCUUUUUCUCCAAAGGGCAUAGACAACUUUUUGUUAGUGCAUUAUGUGGCAGGAUUGCGAUUCGAAAGAGAAGAAAGCUUGGGGGGUUUUUUGGGUUGGGAUUCUGCUUUCUACAUAUAUUCUUUUUUUCCUUGUGACUACUGGUCAUUGUAUUCAUAUUUUUCUAUAUUGUUUCCAUUUUUAAUGUAUAAUUAAUUGAUGUGAUUUGCUUGUUGGUGACCUAA